AUGGGUAGCAGCUUGAGUUGCUUUGAGGGUUUUGGCCCUCCCGCGAAGCCGAAAGGAAAAUUGGUCUUCAAGUACUUUGACAUGGCAGGUCGAGGGGAAGUCAUCCGUUUGGCACUGACUCUGGGACAGUAUAGCUUUCAGGACCUACGGCUCAAAGGAGAUGAGUGGGAGGCAAAAGAGAAGAAGGCUGCGCCGUACCACCAACUUCCAGUGCUCCUUAUCGAUGGGAAGCCGCUGGCGCAGACCAAGGCCAUCUUGAGGUAUCUUGGCAAAGUCACCGCCUUCAAUGGCCGGUAUCUCUAUCCGAGCGAUCCGCUCGUGGCGGCAAAGGUAGACGAGAUCAUGGAUGCGUUCGAUGAUCUUUGGAUUCUUCUCGCUCCGACCUAUAGGAUCGCGAACCAGCAGCAGAAGGAGGCGGCCCGGCAAAGGCUAUUCGCCCCGGGCGGAGAAGCCGCCGCCAUGCUGGAGAUUUUCGAGUGCACCCUCGCCGGGAGCACCAAUGGAUAUGUCGUGCCGCAGGCGGGUCUUUCUGUGGCCGACCUGAUGUACUUUUCUUUCCUCUGUGUCGUGCGGAGUGGCUUCAUGGAAGGCUUGGGCCCCGAGCUGCUCAAGAGCUAUCCUAGCAUCAUGAAGCACAAGGAGCUGAUAGCGGCCAUUCCCGAGGUUUUGCGGACGUGUGUGGGAUUUGCAGAGCUGAGUCUUGCAGCCUUGGAGAUGGAAGCAACCUACCCCGAAGCCUUGGAUGAAUACCAGACAAAAGAAUUGUCGGCCGAGCGUGCUUUGUUCCUGAGCAGCGCCAUGGGGGACCAGAAACCUCAGGAGAAGGAAGAAGGUGAUGAGGCAGAGCGGCCGAAGGCCAUCCUCAACUCUCGGAAGAGGCCCCGCGCUUCUGCCAGCCAUGUCUCGUGGGAUGAGGCCAACCUUGCGGAGCAUGACAAGGAGAGGGGCACCAGGCAGAAGAUCGAGGAGCCCCCCACUCCGUUUGUGCGCAGUCCGGCAUCAAUCUCCGAAGACGAGGCGGAGGCUGUCCCACCAGCCCCGGAGGCAGAAUCUAAUCCUCUCUCGCGCGACGCCGAGGCUUUCGAAGAAGCUGAAGCUCCUCUCAGAGGAGCAGGCAGCAGCUGA